AGAGGGCUCAGGCGAAAUUUUAGGGCAUUCAGCAGGACAGUUGUCCUAAUACUGCCAAGUCGCAUCAGCGCUGGAGCUUCAUCAUCUUCCUUGUCAGCGUGUGGGCGUGUGAUAAUAUUUUAUUAGUAGAUUGUGCUGCUGGUGAUCUCGGUGCGCCCAUAAACGGAAAAGACGCAGCAUCAGCCAAAUUGAAAAUGGACGGCCACUCUGUUCAUAUGUCACUGGGUGUCAGAGCAAUUCCCAGAUACCAUAUAAUUAUGCACCCGAGUAGCAUGGAAGCAUCUGAUUGGAUGUUUAAGGGCGUGACUAGAAAAUUGUAUGAGAAAUCUAUUGUUCGUGUGGAUUUGAAUUGAUUUCCAAACAAUGUUUUGGGUUUCAAAUAAGAGCUUCGAUAAUUGUCGGGCUUUCAAAUUAUGGCUUCGGGCCUGCUGGGCAGCGCUCGCUUCAGCGGCUCCGCGCGCAACUGCAGCACCCUACUGCUGGAGGAGGAGGCGGGGAUUCUGUACGUGGGAGGAAGAGGAGCGCUAUACGCACUCAACGCCUCUGACGUCGCCACACCCGCAAGCCCCCAAAUCGUGUGGGACGCAUCACCCGAGCAGAAGAAGCAGUGUCUGAACAAAGGCAGAGACAAUAAGACCGAGUGUUUCAACCACAUCCGCUUCCUGCAGCGCCACAACGAGACUCACCUGUAUGCGUGCGGAACCAACGCCUUCAGACCUCUCUGCGCGUAUGUCGAUUCCGAGCGCUUCAGCUUGUCGUCAGGUUUUGAGGACGGCAGAGACAGGUGUGCGUAUGACCCGGCCAAGGGAUACACAGGUCUCCUUGUAGACGGCGAGAUGUUCACGGCUUCACAGUACGAGUUCCGCAGCUCUCCGGACGUGCGCCGCAACUUCCCCUUCCCCACGCUCAGGACGGAGGAGGCGCCUACCCGCUGGCUCCUGGAGGCGGAUUUUGUGGGCUCGGCUCUGAUGCGGGAGAGCAUCAACAGCUCCGUCGGCGACGACGACAAGAUCUACUUCUUCUUCACGGAGAGGAACCAGGAGCAGAUGGCGUACCCCAGCCGGACCAAGGUGUCCAGGGUGGCGCGGGUUUGCAAGACGGACUGGGGCGGUCAAAGGACCCUUCAGAGAAAGUGGACCUCAUUCCUCAAGGCCCGGCUCCUGUGUUUUGUCCCCGAGUACGAGCUCUACCUCAACGUCCUGCGCGGCGUCUUUGUCCUGCGUGGUCGUAACGCGCAGAGCAGCUUCUUGUACGGCGUCUUUGGCCUGGAAUGGAAGAACAUCAAAGCCUCGGCCAUCUGCCAGUACGCCUUCUCAGACGUGCAGAAGGCCUUUGACGGGCCCUACAUGGAGGUGCAGGACUCCAAGUGGCGGGAGUACACAGGGAAGAUCCCAGAGCCGAGACCCGGGUCUUGCAUCACCGACGAGCACCGGUCCCGGGGCAUCAACUCGUCGCGAGACCUCCCCGACAGCGUGCUGACGUUCGCCCGGAGGCACCCGCUCAUGGCCGUCCAGGUCCGUCCAGUCCGAGCACGACCUCUCAUGUUCAAGAGGAGUAUCAACUAUGUCCGCAUCGCCGUGCACCUCCAGCCGGCGCUGGAUGGAAACAUCUACACCAUCCUCUUCCUGGGAACCGAUGAUGGCUGGUUGCACAGAGCGGUGGACAUCGGGGGGAAAAUGCACAUCAUGGAGGAGCUGCAGCUGUUCGAUCAAGCCCAGCCAAUAGAGAGUCUGGUCCUAGCCUCAACCCUGCGAUGCAUCUACGUGGGCUCCCACUCGGGGGUGGUGCAGAUCCCCAUGUCGGCCUGUCGGAGGUACACUUCCUGUUACGAUUGCGUCUUCGCGAGGGACCCCUUCUGUGGCUGGGAUGGCCGGGAGUGCGUGGAGGUGUGGUCGCAUGCGCAGAGGUCAAACCUCACCCAGGACAUCCAGAGAGGUACCAGGGGCUGCAAGGAGAAUUCAGGAAAUGUGGUCCACCGGAGGCGCUCGGUGAUGUCGGGUGAUGACGUGCUCCUCCAGUGCGAGCUGCGCUCCAACUUGGCGAUGCCACGCUGGACGUUGGACGGCAGAGAUCUGCGGGGUUACGGGGUCGAUUCGGGAUACCGCGUGGGCACAGACGGCCUCCUCGUCAUCGGGGCUCGGGGCAGGCAGAGCGGCUCGUAUCGCUGCUUCGCCGUGGAGAACUCCGUCUCCGUCCUGGUUUACUUGUACACGGUAAGGGUGCACACGGAUUCGUACUUUCCGGCGGAGGAGACGACGGCGCCGACUUAUCCGUCCACGCUUCUCGGCACGACGGCGACAAUGGACCCUUCCACGGUUGGGCGGCCCUCUCCCUCGCUCACUGCCCCGCUGCCGCCGGGGCCGGAGCUCCAUACUAACCGACACAUGGAGGCCCUGUACAUCUGCCUGGUUGCUGUCCUUGGCGGGCUGUGCCUGGUGUUGUCCGUGGUCUUGCUUUAUGUGAGUUUCUGCACCAGGCGGGUCUCUCGGGGCCGGAAGUUCUCCCAACAGCAGGGCUUGCACGUCCUGGGGUCCUCGGAGAGGAAACGGAGCUCCCACAUAGAGCUUCAAACCAUCUCCAACGGACGUCAGGGACGCCGCUCCAUCUCGGUGCCCACAUUCGGGGACUUCCUGCAGAUCGUUCCCGGCGAGGUCUCUCCGACAACCAGCACCCCGCCGGCCGCCCCUCCGCUCCCCAUGCCCCCGCCGCUGCCCGACGUGGACUACGCCAACGGGCUGUCGGCCACGCUGCCCAGCGUCCUGCGCAAGAUGAACGGCAACAGCUACGUGCUCCUGCGGCAGGUGGACCACGACGGCGUGUCGCCGCUCUACCACUCCUUCACAGAGGAGCUCAACCGCAUCCUGGAGCAGAGGAAGCACACACAGCUGGACCUCCAGCCCCACGAGAGCUCCAUCUAAGCAUACUAAAAAGGGGCUAAAAAAAACACAAAAGCAUGGGGAGAACAUGCAAACUCCACACAAGAUGGGCCAGAGCAUCGAUUCAAACCCUGAACGUUAGAAUUGGGAGCCAGACACGCUAACUAUUAGCUGGACGUGCUAACCACUGGGUCACCGUGCUGCCCUUUAAACGAGGCACAUUUUACCCAGAAAUUGAUCACAUCAGAACGUGUUUGCAUUAGGGUUGGGCGAUAAAUUUGAGUUUAUUCGGCUGGACAAUUUUUUGGCUUCCGUAGUUCAAAUAGCGUCCCUGCUGAUGUGCACUGCUUACACUAACAACAUGGCUUCGAACAGAGUGGAGCUAGUUUACAAAAGCACAGUGUCAUUGUUGCCAAAUUAGUGACUUUUUCAACUUCUCUAGCAGCAUUUUUUUUUUUUAAAUCAAUGAACGACUUUAAUUCCCGAGGUAUGUGCGACCAAGCCGCAAAUAUUUUCCCGAGGUUGCUUGCCUCAAUUGGGAAGAGCAAGAGGGAGCUGGAGAGGGUGCGGUGUUACUGUUCGACUACCGACACGUGGACCGACCAAGCCAUACAGUUUGAUGGCUCAUUUUAUGGUGUUAAAUUCUUUAACUUUUAAAAUGUUAAUUUAUUAAGGAUUGAGUUUAAAUACGUUUUGACAAAAGCAACACUUUUUUUCCCCAAGAAGAAAACCUGUUUUCACAAUAUCUGUAAAGAAAAAUCUAUUUUUUUCCUAUUAUUUCUGUGGAAGUUGAUGCAAAUUAAUGCUAAAAAAAAAAAAAAAAAAAAAACUAGCUUGAAAAAAAAAACUAUUAAAUCUUGUUUGGUAUCAGGAGAAAUAAAGCAAAUCUCAGAAGGGAAAACUAUUUGAUCAAUGUCAUUGUUGUUGAGAUUGAGAUUUUACUUUAAGGCCACAUAUCCCAGCAGUCGGAAAAAGAUGAAGAAUUACAAUAAACUUUUCACCCUUUCGAAGCAACCCUGUUCAAAUCAGCUGCUUUUGGGGAGCUUUCCUGUCUCUUGCAAAUGAACCACUACUCAAUCCACCCACAUUUUUCUGCAGCGUGAAGGUAGCCUCUGUUUUUCAAAUGGCUCCAAUGAGUUUCACUUUAGGACAAAAAUAAAAUACCUCAGUGUUGAUAUAUUGUAUAACACAUGACAGAACUUCUUGGAGGCCAUCUUAACUCUUUGAGAUGCUUAUCAACGCUGGAAACUCCAGUUUUUCUAUUCAGUGAUUUUUCUCAGGAUUGUCUGCGUCCGUUGUCCCGUCUUGUCACACCAGUGUACUGCUAACUCAAGCAAGGCAGCACCAAUACCAGAUUUUAGCCAUAAAAUAAUUUUUUGAAGAGUCUAGUGGUGACUCUCGCCAUGUGUUGUCACAUAAAUUACACAACAAAAACAUUACAUCACCUAUGGCAAACCGGAUAAACACAUUUUUUUUUACCAUCCUGUUUGUCACAAAAGACUGAAAACUUUGUUUGAAGCUAUGUCUGCUUUUUCGAGGACAAGUCUGUUGAUACUUGAGGGCACUUGGUGGUGGUUUGCCCUUUUGUAGGUGCAAUGAUACCACAUGAGCCAAAUACUUUUGUCCAUGUCGUGUAGGUUUAAAAAGCAAGCUGUAAGGACACGGUCAGAUUUUGCCACUGGGAAUGGACGCCACGAGGUUGUGUUGAGUGUGAGUGGCAA